UCACGCGUGACCAACGAUGGCCGGGCGACGAAGGCGUACACCAAUGAUGCCAGGACACCAAAACCUGGGAGAAACCCUGCCGGCAGCUGAUGGAGUCAAGGCACAGACAGUUCGGGUGCACAGGACAGGAAGGAGUUGGCCUCUUGUCAUGUGUCCGCAUCAUUCAACAUCGGAAGCUGAAGCUCUUGGGGUGGCAACGGCCGACUUCAGUGCUGUGUUCCCGGACAUCGACUUCAAACAGGCGGCUGAGGUGGCAUGUGACAAGCCACCGUUUAUCGAGGACAGCCUGGUGAGUACAACCUGCCGGGUAGAACCGUGGCGAGGCCUCCAAGACAAGUGCGUCGGCGAGUACGAGGCCGUGCUGCAGCAUGCAGAACGGUUCUGCCAGACCGAACAUCACAUCACGCUAGUCCAGUGCAGAAAGCCACAAGUUUCAACCUGCAGUGUCGAAGUGCAGGCUGACCCAUGGUGCCAGCAUCAUUGUGGAAUUGGGCCCAUUGGUGUCGACUUGUGUGAAACCUGAAGCCUACAAGUUCAAGCACUAAGGACCUGCCAUGACCUACAAAACUGCACAUUUACUGGGUGCACUACAGUUGAGGUGUGCGUUUGCCUCAGACUCGGCGAAGGACCACUUUGAGCUUGCGUAUGACAUCUUGCCAGCCAUCAGUGUCCGUCUCUGCCCAGCCGUCCUCGAACAUUCCGAGUGCACCCUGUCAUUGGAUGUAAUGUGUUAUGGGGCUUGCUGCGUGUCAUCUGGAUAUCACCGUCCCGAAUUCCUCAGAACCAGAUGUGAGUGACGUCUAGUCUAUAACUGUUGUUAACCAUUUCCAGAGCAGAAAAUAAAUCAAGAAUGCCAGUAGUAGGCAUCAAA